AAAAAAAGUAAAAGAAAUAACGGCUAAAAUAAAUCUGAAACUAACAAAGCGAGUUCUACGUUGUAAUCCAAUAAGAGCAAAACAUGCCCGACUCUGCUUCCCGAUUUAAGCUCUUUGUUCCUCUAAGACUCUUCCCUUUUUUUUUUAUUUUAAUUUGAUUUUAUAUCUUAUGAUCGCUUAAUGGUGAUUUUGGGCUUCCGCUGGUAACAUUUGGGUUCAGAUUAUACGAAACAAAAAUGAGCAUAGGUGAUGUAUCGGAGCUUGAGAGUAACCUCACUCUCAGCGAUCGCUUGAAGCAAUUCAAAUCAUCGCAGUUCAACCCCGAGGCUUAUCUCCAAUCCAAAUGCAACAACAUGACCGAGAAGGAGAUAAAGCAUGCUUGCUCAAACUUGUUAGAAUUACGGAAGGCGUCUGCAGAGGAAAUGCGUAAAAGUGUUUACGCUAAUUACACUGCCUUUAUACGUACAUCCAAGGAGAUUACAAUUCUAGAGGGGGAGCUGCUUUCAAUGAGGAAUCAUCUUUCUACUCAGGCAGCUUUAGUUCAUGGUUUAGCUGAAGUUACCAUCCUUGAUUCCUUGACAACUGGUGCUUACGAAUUGGAAGAGGAGAAAGUAUCUGGUGUUAAAAGUACAAAGCUUAAUAAAACUGAGAAGUGGUUUAUCAAAUUUGAGGAAAACCUUGAAGUUCUAUUGGCGGAAAAGAGAGUGGAUGAAGCUAUGGCUGCAUUGGAUGAAGGGGAACAAGUAGCACAAGAAGAUAAGACUAAACAGAGCUUAAGUCCAGAUGCACUCCUAAGAUUGAAGAAUGCCCUCACUUCGCUGAGACAAAAACUAGUUGAUCAGCUUGCAGAGACAACUUGCCAGCCUUUCACACGAGGGGCUGAGCUCCGUUCAGCUGUUUCAUCCAUUAAAAAUCUUGGGGAUGGUCCUCGUGCUCAUACAUUGCUACUCAACUCUCACCAGCAGAGGCUGCAGCGGGGUCUGCAAGUUCUUCGUCCUUCAACCAAUUCUUACGGAGGAGCAACUACUUCAUCUCUUUCGCAGCUUGUAUUUUCAACCAUUGCACAAGCAGCUAGUGAUUCCUUAGCAGUUUUUGGUGAGGAGCCUGCUUAUUCGUCUGAACUUGUAACUUGGGCUGUCAAGCAAACUGAGGCAUUUGCACUUCUCUUAAAGAGACAUGUUCUUGCUUCAUCAGCAGCUGCUGGGGGUCUAAGAGUUGCCACAGAAUGUGUUCAGAUAUGCCUCGGCCAUUGUGCUUUGUUGGAAUCUCGUGGAUUGGCCCUUUCCCCUAUCUUAAUGAGGCAUUUUAGGCCGUGUGUCGAAUUAGCAUUCAGUGCCACCUUAAAAAGAAUUGAACAUAGCACUGCUGCAUUAGCUGCUGCAGAUGAUUGGGAGCUUUCUUAUGCACCAGCUGAUGCACGUUCUAUCUCUUCUACUUCAUCUCUUAGCAGCGCAAGUAUGUCACAGGCAAAGCUUUCAAGCAGUGCUCAGAAAUUGAAUUCAAUGGUUAAGGCAUUUAUGGAGGAUGUUGGCCCCCUUGAGGACCUUCAAUUGGAUGGUCCAGCUUUAGAAGGUGUUUUACAAAUAUUCAAUUCCUAUGUUAAUCUGUUGAUAAGUGCUUUGCCUAAUUCAAUGGAAAAUGAAGAACAUUUAGAUGGUUCUGGGAGUAAAAUUCUUAAUAUGGCGGAGAGUGAAUCCCAACAGUUGGCUUUACUGGCCAAUGCAUCAUUGCUAGCUGAUGAAUUGCUUCCACGGGCUGCAUUGAAGGUUUUGCCAUUGAGCCAGGCUAACAGAGUGGAUGCCACCCCUAAAGGCACUUCAGAUAGACAAAGCCGUGUUCCAGAACAAAGGGAAUGGAAGAGGAAACUACAACGUUCUGUUGAACGCUUGCGAGAUAGCUUUUGUAGACAACAUGCCCUUGAUCUUAUCUUUACAGUCGAUGGGGACAUCCGUCUCAAUGCAGAGAUAUACUUAAGUAUGGAUGGCCAAACUGAGGAACCAGAGUGGUUUCCAUCACCCAUUUUCCAGGAACUGUUUGAAAAACUGACAACGAUGGCAACAAUUGCAACUGAUAUGUUUGUGGGAAGGGAAAGGUUUGCCACACUUCUAUUAAUGAGACAAACUGAGACAGUGAUCCUUUGGCUUUCUGAUGACCAGAGCUUUUGGGAAGAGAUCGAGCAGGGUCCGACUCCUUUAGGUCCUCUCGGUCUUCAACAGCUGUAUCUGGAUAUGGAAUUUGUUAUAAUUUUCGCUUCUGAAGGCCGGUAUCUGUCUCGAAAUCUGCAACAAGUUAUCAAAAACAUAAUAGAGAGAGCAAUUGAUGCAGUGGCCGCAACCGGAAUAGAUCCAUACAGCGUGUUGCCGGAGGAUGACUGGUUUGCCGAAGUUGCUCAAAUAGCAAUCAAGAUGUUAACGGGUAAAGGCAACUUUAGUAGUAUGGAUGGAGAUGUACUAAGCCCUACAGCAGCGGCAUCUGCAGCGCCAAUCGUAUCUCAAGGAAGUAACCAAGGUCUGUAGGCGUUCCUUUCAGUUAUGCAUGUCACAGUCACAGUCACAAAGCAAACAUGCUAUCAUUGAUCAUUUAUCCCUCAUGCAUGCGCUGGCGUUGAAUAAAAUACAGGUUUCUAGAUCAUGGUAUCAACUUUCAACAGCAUAUAUACUAUGUAGGAAUGCAGAGCUUUCCAUAGAUUGUUUAACAGGCCAAAUGAGCUUAUUCUCCAACACAUUUUCCAGUUUUAGUGUUGGGUACUUCCAAAUGUUUACUUAAAAUAGAUGUGAUAAAUUUUAAAACUACAAACUCUUUGGUUUUACAAUAAUAUAAAAUAGUUUCAUGUCUAUGACUAUAAA